UGCUUGGGAAAGACUUCCUUAAAAGUUCCCUUGCUUGUGAGAAGAACUUUAUCUACAAGCAGCUGGUGGCUGCUAUAGAGGAUUCAGACGUCAUCUUGAUGCCAAUCUGUGGAUUAUACACUUGGACAAGUAUGGAUCGGACAUCUUCAGAUGGAAUACUGAGGGUAUAACGCCGAAGCAACUUCUGUUCCCCAAGGGGCAAACCGUGGCGACCUGCACUAUGAGGGACCGCUUGAAAGAGUUACAGGAGAGGUCUCAGGAGUUUCCCGAAACAGGAAGUGUAAUUGCUUACCCCACCACCGAGGAUGAGGCUGACACUGACAACUCUGUGGUGGUUGGUGUCAUAAGACCAGAGGCUGUGCUAUUUGAGGAGGAGCCGGUUAUUGACAACUUCCUGUCUGAGGCUCAACAAAUCCGAAAUGACAUCAGCACACUGGAGACGGAGGUGAUUAAAUUCAGCCAACAACAGAAAGUACUAGUCGCAACCAUGCGGCGUUUUAGCAUAAUGAAGAAGGAGAGCAGCAUCACGAGGGACAUCAAACUCCAAGCUGAGAGCCUCCACCGACGUCUGGAUGCUCUUUCAAAACAAGUCCAAAAAACAGAAGAGCAGCAGGGACCUGCCGCUGCUACAUCAAGAAUACAACGUUCCCAGCAUGCGGCCAUGUACUUCAAAUUCCAGCAGGUAAUGCGACAGUAUAAUGAAGGAUUGUUGACAAAGCAGGAACGCUGUAAGCACUUCAUUAUCCGGCAGCUGGAGGUCUCAGGAAGGGAUGUGACAGAAGAGGAGGUGAACGAGAUGGUAGCAACAGGAAAAUGGGAAGUUUUCAAUGAGAACUUGUUAAACGAUGCCAGAAUUACUCGCUCACAACUGUCCGAGAUUGAACAGCGGCACAAGGAGUUGUUGAGCCUUGAGAGCAAUAUGAAGGAGCUGAGGGACCUUUUCAUGGACGUUUUCAUGCUUGUCGAGGAACAAGGGACCUACAUCGAGCACAUUCAGACCAAUGUAGAAAGGACCCAGGAUUACGUGGCAGCCUCUAAUGAGAAGUUCAAGUUGGCCGCCAGGUACAAGAAGAAGAACCCUCUUCGUCAAAUCUGCUGCUGUUGCUGCCCUCCCUGGAAAUGCUGUUUGUGAUGUUUUAUGAAUUGGGAUGGGGAGCUGGUAUUUAAAAUGUCUCACCUGUUGGGAGUAAACAACAUUGGAUUCAAGUGCCAUUAAAGUGAAGGUUAGAGUACAGCGAUCCUUGCUGUUGAACACAGCAAUGGCGAAGACGGAUUCAGCAGAGCAUAGAAAACAAUUAAGGGGGAGGCCAGGAAUUGGUAUUUGAGACACUUAUUUCUUUGAAGAGAGUGUGAAGUGACUGCUAUUGGAAGAGACAGUUCACUGAGUGCUCCUCACCAACAUGGAGGUUUAUUGGAAGACCUUCACUGUCAUCUGGUAGAGGUCACAAACAAGACGACUACCUCUGCAACUGUCACUGCUUCAUCACAAAUUCCAUUGAUCUGAACUUUUUUUUUUAUGUCUACCACAAGUACUAGUAUUUUUUUUAAUGCACUUUCAGCUGAAGCUAAAAACUGCUGUGUGUAGUUGAAGAACAUUGUACGUAUAUACUGUACGCAGUUCCCUGCAAUGUGUUGAUUAUCGCUCCCUCACUAUAUUGCUUUUUUAAAAAAAAAAUCCUAUUUAUGAUUUAUUAUUCAUAAUUAUUAAUAAUAAAUCAUUGCUGUUGAAAUACACUGUCACAAUAUCGGGAACAUCUUGGUUUGAAUCUUCGUUUGGGCAUGUUCUCCCCUUCAGCUACUCGGCUUUAUUAGGGUUAAUUAGGUUGGAAUGUUAGGUUAAUUGGAUAAUGUAAAUUGUCCAUGGUAUGAAUGUGAGUGUGAAUGGUUAAUAGUUCAGGAUUGUUUGUCCAGGGUAUUACCCCGUCAGCUGAGAAGGGCUCCAGCAUACCUGCAACCCUAGUGAGGACGAGUGGUUAGCACGCAGGCCUCACAACUAGGAGUUCAAUUCCACCCUCGGCCAACUCUAUGGGGAGUUUGAAUGUUCUUCCUGUGCGUGGGUUUUCUCCGGGUACUCCGGUUUCCUCCCACAUUCCAAAAACAUGCUAGGUUAAUUUUCGACUCCAAAUUGUCCAUAGGUAUGAAUGUGAGUGUGAAUGGUUGUUUGUCUAUAUGUGCCCUGGGAUUGGCUGGCCACCAGUCCAGAGUGUACCCAGCCUCCAGCCCGAAGACAGUGUGACCGCGAACCUGAUGAGAAUGCAUUAAUUUUGUUUACAUUUGUAAUUAUAUAAAUAAUACAUUAAAUUAAUCAUAUAAUUGAAUCUGGAUUAACACAGUUAAUUGGCGACUCCAAAUUGAAUAUGAGUGUGAAUGGUUGUUUGUCUAUAUGUGCCCUGUGAUUGGCUGGACACCAGUCCAGGGUGUACCACGCCUCUCGCCCGAAGACAGCUGGGAUAGGCUCCAGCACCCCGGCUAUCCUCGUGAGGAUAAGCGGUAGAAAAUGAAUGAAUGUAGUAUUCUAGUUACGAGGCAGCAGUAAUGACAAACAUUGAGGAAUUCGUUGAGGAAGUGGUACAAUUUUGGCAUGUUAAGUUUUGAUAAAAUACAUUUGAGGCUAACUAGUUAGCUUGUUAGCUUGCUAACUUGCCAAUUUGCGGUCAUGGGGAGACCCUGCAGAGUUGAGCAAUAUGCUAUAUUUCAUAUCUACAGAGCUCUAAUAAUGUUAAAACCGUCAGGUUCCACCCUGGAUUGGUGGCCAGCCAACAGGUUUUCUAUGCUGUAUGAAAAAAAAUCUAUUUAUUAAAAUGUAUUAAUCGUGCAAUUCAUUUAUCGUGGAUUGGUCUGGAACCAAUUAACCACUAUAAACGUGGGACGACUGUAGGAUACGUUUUGCUACAUUGGGUGGCACCUGUGCCAGGUGUUGAGGACCCUAGAGCACAGACCAAAGCAAAUGUAGAAAAAAAAGUAUUUAAUAACAAACAAAGUGCGGUCACAGAGGAGGAAAAACAAAGUACAACAAAAGACGCCAGUGACACAAGGUCAGUGGGAAGCUAAAAGUACAAACAAAUGAGUACAAAGCAGCAAAUAAGGAUCACAAAGUGGCUCAACUACUUCCAGAAAGUACACAGCAAAAAUACAAGAUGCAGGGCAGAAUGACAAAAGCAAAGAGCAACAAUGAAGCGUGCAAUGUGCGGUCAGGAUGAGGCAUGACUGACUGGGCAACAUGGAAGUGGAGUGCAUGGUAAAUAAAGGCCUAAUGGCUGAUGGGCAACAGGUGUGCAGACCAGGGGAGCAAGGCAGGAGUCUGUCCCAUACUCCUAUUCAACCAUUCUGUCUAACAAUGUCUCAUGCCGAUAAAUAAA